UAAUAUAAAUUGAAAGUAAUAUAAACUUAACCAAAAUUAAUAUAAAAUGGUGAAAUCAAAAACCGAAACUAUCCAAGCGAUUAGUGACAAUGUGGCCGUUGGUGAAAAAACGGUUUUGCUCACUCUUUUCAAAACCAUUUUCCAUUUAUUGUUUUUGGUGCAUUUCUUGUGGGCCAGUGUGUAUGGUGUGUCGAUAUUUUUGAACCUGACCGAAGACCAGUUGAAGGAGCCGCUGAUAGUGAUGAUGAAGACUUAUUUGAUGUGCUAUGGUACUAAUUGGAAUGUGUCGUUCCAGACCGUGUUUCUCGGUCUCGCUCUGCUGCACGACGUGUUACGUUGGUUAGACAAGCACGACAGCAAGAUUGGCAAGAAGAUCAAAUACUUCCGUGACGUCAUAUUCAAUGGGCUGGUUUUCCCGUUCACAUGUUUCGUCACUGGAAUGUUCUGGUGCGUCUACCUCAUCGACCGCGAGCUGGUCUUCCCUCAAGUCUACGACCAGAUCGUGCCCUGGUGGCUGAACCACUGCGUCCACACUAACAUCUUCAUCGUGAUCACUAUAGAGACUCUUCUGACCAGGCGGAGGCAGCCGACCGAUGUGAAGGUCGAGAGGUGUAUGUGGGUGUUUGUGUCUGUCUUCUAUGCUGUAGUAUACUACUCUGUAUACUUCUUCGGUGGCUGCUGGCUCUACGGGGUCUUCGGCGUCAUGAACUGGUGGCAGGUCUGCCUCUACCAGGCCUGCAUCUGGGGCUCCACCUGGGUCUUUUACAACCUCAACUUCUUCGUCAACAAAAUGAUCCACAAAGUAGGAGACGUUACUCCAAAAACAUCCAUCAAUGGGGACCCAGAGUCUAGGGAAACUACUUUCCAAAACGCGAGUAAAAUAGAUGGAGCUGUUGAGACUGGUUCAAGUAAAAUAAGAAAAGAUGUUGAGCUAAGUACCAAAGAUAGUGGGAAGGCAAAUGUAGCAUAUUUAAACGAUAAUAAUGAUACGGAAACUGAAAAGCAAUGGAAAUCAAUAGGUAUCAGUAAAAAUGAUAGCAGUCUAAAUCAGUCUUUAGAUAAAUCAACUGGUACCAAUUUUAAAAGAAAUCAGUUUGAGAAGUCUAGUUUGUAAUUUGUUGUUAAGAUUAUCUGGGUUAUAAGAACAGGGAAGGCCGACCAAAAAGUAAAAGGGAACAAGGCCUAGCAGGAUGAUAAUUACUGUACUAGGUUACUGUACGUGAGAGCUAGAAUGACCUAAGAACUGGUAAUAUGCAAUACCUAAACAGGUUAGUCUGGUGUUCAGAUAUAUAUGGGGCAUUAUCUAUGAAAAGGGACCUUAUUGUCGAUGGCGCUUACGCCGCACAGCGUCGCGCGGCAUUGUAUUUAUAUCGGAGCAUCGUUAAUAAUGGAGUAGGUAAGCGCCAUCGACAACAAGGUCCCUUUUCAAAGAUAACGUCUCAUAUGUAGUAGUUUGUCCUGUCGUAAUGUUUGGCAUUGCUCUGACUCCGCCUAAUAGGUAAUGUUUAAGGAUUGGUUAUUUAGAAACAUCUUUAAUAAGACAUACCAAUCGGUUUCCUGACCAACUUAUAAAAUGGCUUCUAAAUUGGUUCUUUGAGUAGAUUAUGAGUUAUAAGGAAGAAGUACAGUCAGCAAUGAAAGUGUGUAUAAACAAAAUACAGUAACUAGUACCUUAAGCUUAUUGAGUGUUCUGUGAUUGAUAAUAACUAAAUGAUUAAUGUUUUAGGAUUUUUAGCGCAUUGAUUAAAAUGCGAUUUCUAGCAAGAUGAGAGACCGAGAAUUGUCGAAUAUGUAACCAGCGAUAAGAGAGAACAAUAAAAAAAAACAGAAAUGUUUUAGACGCUUUCAAGGCAAAAAAGGCAGAAUUAUGAUUAUUAUGAAUUAAGAGUGUCAAAAUAUAUGGGGCAUAAUCUAUGAAAAGGGACCUUAUUGUCGAUGGCGCUUACGCCGCACAGCGUCUCGCGGCAUUGUAUUUAUACCGGAUCAUAGUUAAUAAUGGAGUAAACGCCAUCAACAAUAAGGUCCCUUUUCAUAGAAAACGUCUCAUAUAAUGUUUAGUUUUCAUGUAACAAAUUAAAUGGAAUACCUAAUUUAAUUAAUGUCAUUAUAAUAUUAAGUUGUACGUGUUUAAUUGUGAAUGGAUUUUUAAUUAUUAUUUUAUAAAAUUAUUUUAGUAAUUU